CUGGAAACCCCCCUGCAAUGCUUUCUCUGAAGAAAUACUUAACGGAAGGACUUCUCCAGUUCACCAUUCUGCUGAGUUUGAUUGGGGUGCGGGUGGACGUGGAUACUUACCUGACCUCACAGCUCCCCCCGCUCCGGGAGAUCAUCCUGGGGCCCAGUUCUGCCUAUACUCAGACCCAGUUCCACAACCUGAGGAACACCUUGGAUGGCUAUGGUAUCCACCCCAAGAGCAUAGACCUGGACAAUUACUUCACUGCCCGGCGGCUCCUCAGUCAGGUGAGGGCCCUGGACAGGUUCCAGGUGCCAACCACUGAGGUAAAUGCCUGGCUGGUUCACCGGGACCCGGAGGGGUCUGUCUCUGGCAGCCAGCCCAGCUCAGGCCUCGCCCUCGAGAGUUCCAGUGGCCUCCAAGACGUGACAGGCCCAGACAACGGGGUGAGAGAAAGCGAAACGGAGCAGGGAUUCAGUGAAGAUUUGGAGGAUUUGGGGGCUGUAGCCCCUCCAGUCAGUGGAGACUUAACCAAAGAGGACAUAGAUCUGAUUGACAUCCUUUGGCGACAGGAUAUUGAUCUGGGGGCUGGGCGUGAGGUUUUUGACUAUAGUCAUCGCCAGAAGGAGCAGGAUGUGGAUAAGGAACUGCGAGAUGGAGGCGAGCAGGACACCUGGGCAGGCGAGGGCGCCGAAGCUCUGGCGCGGAACCUUCUAGUGGAUGGAGAGACCGGGGAAAGCUUCCCUGCACAGGUGCCUGGUGGGGAGGACCAGACGGCCCUGUCCCUGGAAGAGUGCCUUAGGCUGCUGGAGGCCACCUGCCCCUUUGGGGAGAAUGCUGAGUUUUCAGCAGACAUUUCCAGCGUAACAGAAGCAGUGCCUAGUGAGAGUGACUCCCCAGCUCUUCAGAACAACCUCUUGUCUCCUCUCCUGACGGGGACAGAGUCGCCAUUUGAUUUGGAACAGCAGUGGCAAGAUCUCAUGUCCAUCAUGGAAAUGCAGGCCAUGGAGGUGAACACGUCAGCAGGCGAAGUCCUGUACAGUGCCCCUUCUGGAGACCCGCUGAGCACCAACUACAGCCUUGCCCCCAACACUCCCAUCAAUCAGAAUGUCAGCCUGCAUCAGGCGUCCCUGGGGGGCUGCAGCCAGGACUUCUCACUGUUCAGCCCCGAGGUGGAAAGCCUGCCUGUGGCCAGCAGCUCCACGCUGCUCCCUCUGGUUCCCAGCAAUUCCACCAGCCUCAAUUCCUCCUUCGGCUCCACCAACCUGUCAGGGCUCUUCUUUCCACCCCAGCUCAAUGGCACAGCCAAUGACACAGCAGGCCCCGAGCUGCCUGACCCACUGGGGGGCCUGCUAGAUGAAGCCAUGCUGGAUGAGAUCAGCCUCAUGGACCUGGCCAUCGAAGAAGGCUUCAACCCUGUGCAGGCCUCCCAGCUCGAGGAGGAGUUUGACUCUGACUCAGGCCUCUCCUUGGACUCGAGCCAUAGCCCUUCCUCCCUGAGCAGCUCUGAGGGCAGCUCUUCUUCUUCCUCCUCCUCUUCCUCCUCCUCUUCCUCCGCUUCUUCUUCUGCCUCUUCCUCCUUUUCCGAGGAAGGGGCUGUUGGCUAUAGCUCUGACUCUGAGACUCUGGAUCUGGAAGAGGCCGAGGGUGCUGUGGGCUACCAGCCUGAGUAUUCCAAGUUCUGCCGCAUGAGCUACCAGGAUCCGUCCCAGCUCUCCUGCCUGCCCUACUUGGAGCACGUGGGCCACAACCACACAUACAACAUGGCGCCCAGUGCCCUGGACACCGCUGACCUGCCGCCACCCAGCGCCCUCAAGAAAGGCAGCAAGGAGAAGCAGGCCGACUUUCUGGACAAGCAGAUGAGCCGGGAUGAGCACCGAGCCCGUGCCAUGAAGAUCCCUUUCACCAAUGACAAAAUCAUCAACCUGCCCGUGGAGGAGUUCAACGAGCUGCUGUCCAAGUACCAGCUGAGCGAGGCCCAGCUGAGCCUCAUCCGGGACAUCCGGCGCCGGGGCAAGAACAAGAUGGCGGCGCAGAACUGCCGCAAGCGCAAGCUGGACACCAUCCUCAAUCUGGAGCGCGACGUGGAGGACCUGCAGCGCGACAAGGCUCGCCUGCUCCGGGAGAAGGUGGAGUUCCUGCGCUCGCUGCGGCAGAUGAAGCAGAAGGUCCAGAGCCUGUACCAGGAGGUGUUUGGGCGGCUGCGGGAUGAGAACGGGCGUCCCUACUCGCCCAGCCAGUACGCGCUGCAGUACGCCGGGGACGGCAGCGUCUUGCUGAUCCCUCGCACGAUGGCUGACCAGCAGGCCCGGCGGCAGGAGCGGAAGCCAAAGGACCGGAGAAAGUGAGCCCGGGAGGAAGGGGGGUUUGACGCUCACCAAGACGGAAACUGGAGAAGGGCUGGGCCUGGACCUGGACCUACAGUGGGGACUCCAAUGCCUUCUUAUCCAUAUAUCUUCUCAGAUGGGAUGACUGCGGGUCAGUGUACAGGAAGAGGCGGGCGCAGGCGCUGUCUGGCUCAGCUCCCCCCUGGGGUGGGGUGGAAGUGGCCAGACCAUUGGGUGGACAGGGUCCUCACCCUACCCUUUCCUGUGAGGCAAGGGUGGUGCUGGCGUGGCUGGAGGUAGAGGAGCCACGCAGGGAGGAGGAGGAGGAGGAGGAGGAGAAAGAGACCUGUGAGGAGAGGAAAGUGGUAGAAAGUCUCAUUCCAGGAAGGAAGCAAGGAGGAAGAAAACAAGGAAACCCAAAAAAAAUCAAAGCGGGAAGGAAAUCAGGGAAGGUUAAGGUUGGCUUUGGCCAGGAUUCCAGGCAGCAAGUUUGAGCGACUCUGGUGGGCCUAGGUACUGGUGUGAUAAACCCCAUUUCACCCCAGGGGUGUACUUGGACACAGGGUGGGGGUCGGGGAGGGAUGUUGUUAACUCUUUCUGCUCCCUGCACUUUGGUGUCCCCAUGGAGGGGGAGCUUGGAUGUCCGCACCUGUAGUGUUUCACCCGAAUGGAGCCACCAAGGCCCAACACUGGCUUGGAGGUGUUGGGUCAGAGGGCAGAGUGAGCAGGAAAGGGUCACAAGGCCUCAUGUUGCAGCAGCCUUGACACCACGCAUGUCACACACUGCCUUGCCACUCCACGUCCCUCUGUGCUCCGGCCACCCCAAGCUGAGGCUCCCACUGUCUCCAUCAGAGCCUGCAUGUGAAUGCUGUCCUCUUCCUGUCGCUUGUUUGUGUCCCCUCACCAGCUGCCUGUAGCUCUUGUAGCUGGGGUGGGGUGCUGGCAGUGCCCCUAGACUGGGCCCGUGGGCUUCCUCUCCUGGGGGCUGUAAUGGGGGGUAGGGGGGCGGCUGGGGGAUGGCGGAGAAGCCAGUGCCGCAGCUUCCAGGCAGUACUCAGCACAACACUAGGAAGUGACCCUUCCUCAGGCCUCUGCCUGCCAACCACUGGGCUUGUCACGGGGAAAACACAAAAACUAGUCCUCUUAGAAUUUCUUGCGCUUUGAUUUUUUUAGGGCUUGUGCCCUGUUUCACUUAUAGGGUCUAGAAUGCUUGUGUUGAGUAAAAAGGAGAUGCCCCAAUACUCAAAGCUGCUAAAUGUUCUCUUUGCCAUAAGACUCCGUGUAACUGUGUGAACACUUGGGAAUUUUCUCCUCUGUCCUGAGGUCUUCGUCUGCUUUCUUUUUUGGUUUUUUUUCCUAAGAGAUUGAGAAGUGCAUGUAAUGGGGGCUGAGAGCACCUCCCCCCAAGCUCUCAGCCACCAGCAGUUUCUCCACAGCCCCAGCUUAGCAAAGGCUCCUGGAGGACUGCUUGGGAGAGGCAGACAUGGGAGCAUCAAGGUGGCCAGAUGGUUCCAGGACCACAAUGUCUUUAUUUUAACUGUUUGCCACUGCUGCCCCCACCCCUGCCCAGCUCUGGAGUUCUGUCUGCCCCAGACUAGCAGGAGUGAGUUGAGGGGGAAGCACCGAUCCCGAUUCCCAGUUAGGGAGUUCCUAACUGGGCAGUAGGGAUAGCAGGUGCUGAGCCCGGGAGUGCUUUUAUAAAUUAUUUUCCUUGUAGACUUUAUUUUUAAUUUAUCUCUGUGACCUGCCAGGGAGAGGAGAGAGAGAGAGAGAGAGAGAGAAAGAAAGAGAUGCUGUUGAGCACAUGACAAAAUAAAAUAAAAUAAAAUGGAUGAUUCAUUCU